AUGCGCGAGACUCCGCCUAUGGAAGUGCCAGCUAAAAGCUUGAUGCUCCAGGGGACAUCACAGUUCCAUCGGCAGCGGAGCGUGACGCGCGGACAUGGCGCGACUGUUGCGCCCCCCGAACCGCACGUUGCCAGUUUUAUUGAAAUCCAAUUAGCGUGGAGACUGGAAGUUCUCGAUGACACAGCUUUUUCCGAAAUCAUUGGGUAA